AUAUCGAAUAUAUGUAAAAAAAAACUGGGAAAAAAAGAAAAAACUUUUUUCUCUCGCUUCCUCUCUGCGCCUCCAUAACACUCUUCUCGCAGCCACUCUUCUCUGUCUUUGACCCUUGAGUUUCCGGAGCAGGUAUGGCAAGCAAUAUAAUCUUGUUCGAGGAUAUCUUCGUGGUGGAUAAGCUAGACCCCGAUGGCAAAAAGUUCGAUAAAGUUACGCGUGUUGAAGCGAGGAGCCACAACUUGGAAAUGUUUAUGCAUUUAGAUGUUAACACAGAGGUUUAUCCGAUGGCUGUUGGCGAUAAGUUCACACUGGCGAUGGCUCCCACGCUUAAUCUCGAUGGAACCCCUGACACCGGUUAUUUUACUCCGGGAGCAAAGAAAACGCUUGCCGAUAAGUAUGAAUAUGUCAUGCACGGGAAGCUUUACAAGAUCACUGAGCGUGACGGCAAAACUCCAAAAGCAGAGUUAUAUGUUUCGUUCGGUGGCCUCCUGAUGUUGCUUCAGGGAGAUCCAGCUCACAUAUCUCACUUCGAACUCGACCAGAGGCUCUUCCUACUCAUGAGGAAGCUAUAAGAUGCUAUUGUCUCAUCAUUAUCCGGCAUUAGAGCAGAGAGCUUUAUAGAGCUCUAUCUUAUGUUCAAUUUUGCUUUUUGAUGUUAUUCCAUCUUCACGAAGCAGCUUUUGUACAAAAGCAAGUUCUUCCGUACCGUUUUAACAUCCUCUUGCACAAUUUAAAGUACUCAUAUGUGUUCGUAGCUCUAAGCUAAUGAGGUAAUAACAUACAAAAAUUU